AUGCCGCCUCGACGGCGCAAACCUCCCCGCGCAGGCGCCCUCACGGAACUGCCGCCUCUGAAGAUCGUCCGCUCCAUCCUCCUCCUGCAACUCUCAUACUACACGACGGCGUUUGUAUUGAUAUUGUUCACGACCUUGGUUCUGGGCCAGAGAUUCUCUCUGAACUUGAUAUUCGAUUGGAAUAGCGUGCGUGGAGACACCACCGUCGGCUGGACCGUCGGUUUCUUGUGGGUUGUCGAUGGGUUUAUAACAGUAAUACCGAUCCUCCUGCUGAUCUCCCGCUCGAAACUUGUCCCCGAUUUCGCCCUCACGAUUCACUUCAUCCACCUCCUCAUCACCUCCUUCUACACGGGUGCCAUUCCGACGAAUUUGCUAUGGUGGGGUCUCGAGGCUUCCAGCGCGUUGUUGAUGAUUGUUUUGGGCGUUUGGGCUUGUCGGUAUCGUGAAAUGCAACCCAUUUCUUUCGGAGCACCGGCGCACAAGAAGGCGACUGGUCAAAAUGCAGCCAAUGGAUCGGCAGAGGGUGCCGUUGUUGAUGAGCAUAUACGGGGCAGUCCGGGAAGGGGCCUGAGGACUGACGCCGGUCCAAGCUAUGAGAUGGUAACUGUCAGAGGGGACCAAAAUGUAUAA